AGGUAAGCUCGGCCUUGUGUACUAUCCGCCGCCAUCUGCCCGCCCCGCGGCUCAUUCCGCCGCGCGGGCCCCUGAUACCCGGUGCCCGGCCGGCGGUGUGGCCGCCGGCGCGUAGGCGAACGCUCAGUUCCAUUGUUUUCAUCCCUUUCUGAGAGCAAAUCUUGGUGGGGGAGCUGGGAGACAGGCGGGGGACGAUCCAAAAUGGUGGCCUCGGCCGCCAUUGUGUUCCUCGUUUCCUGGAUGUUCCAGUGGGUCCUUUGCCCACCCGAGGCCGCGGCGGCCGGAGGCGGCGCCAGGAGGAGGGCGGGGCCCCUCGCAUCUCCCCUCCGGGCCUUUUCUUAGUCCGCCAGGGAUGGGAAGGAUCUUGCCUCCGGGCCCAUUCAACCCUCUGACCCCCUGCUUACGCUCCCUUAUUUGGAGCUCUCUGUAAAUGGCUAUCUCCGUGCUUGACCAAUGGUGUCGGCGCAGUAGUCGGGAAGGUUUCCAGGAAGCUUUCCGGGAAACUUCCGAGGGCACUGCGAGGCGUUCGCUUUUAAGACCACUCUAAAGGCUGCAUCGUCCUCAGCUGCGACCUUAAUUCCUUAAUGUGACUAUUAAAAUUAAUUGUGGCGGCGCUGGGCCGAUCCUUGCGGCCUCUCGCGUUGCUAAGCGAGCACCUUCAUUGAACCAGACACCCAGCCUUUUCAAAAAAGAAUUUUCUUUUUUUAAUGGAGCCAUUCGUACCCUUGCAGCCACCGUUUAAUUACCAUAGGCUCUCCCCACCCCCUUCCUUCCUGCUUCUGCUUCCCGGCACUGGGAAUCACGGGUGUGCGCCGCCGGGAUGGGCCCUCGGGUGUUCCUGAGCAAGUGAAUAGCGGCAGCCACAUGAUGUUUGCAAUUGGGAAGUGAGCGCUCUGCGCGCGGUGCUGACCCUUAUCUAUCACCCUUGACUGAUGGCUGACGUUGGGGCUCAACACCGCGAGCUCUUCUGUCGGAAACUGGUGUCUUUUCCCUUGCUGUUCUCCAACCCCUCUCUUUCCCCUUGCUUCCUCUCACCUGCUCUGGGACACCUAACUCAGAGACCUCCCUUCUCCCCCCGCCGGCCGGAUUAUGGCAGAGAACGAUGUGGACAAUGAGCUCUUGGACUAUGAAGACGAUGAGGUGGAGACGGCCGCUGGGGCAGAUGGGACCGAAGCUCCCGCCAAGAAAGACGUCAAGGGCUCCUAUGUCUCCAUCCACAGCUCCGGCUUUCGAGAUUUCCUACUUAAGCCAGAGUUGCUCCGGGCCAUUGUUGACUGUGGCUUUGAGCAUCCAUCAGAGGUCCAGCAUGAAUGCAUCCCCCAGGCCAUUCUGGGGAUGGAUGUCCUGUGCCAGGCCAAGUCAGGCAUGGGAAAAACAGCAGUGUUUGUCCUGGCCACACUGCAGCAGCUGGAGCCAGUUACUGGGCAGGUGUCAGUGCUGGUGAUGUGUCACACCAGGGAGCUGGCUUUCCAGAUCAGCAAGGAAUAUGAGCGCUUCUCAAAGUACAUGCCGAAUGUCAAGGUGGCAGUGUUUUUUGGCGGACUGUCUAUCAAGAAGGAUGAAGAGGUGCUGAAGAAGAACUGCCCACACAUUGUUGUGGGGACUCCUGGCCGAAUUCUAGCCCUGGCCCGAAAUAAGAGCCUGAACCUCAAACACAUUAAACACUUUAUCUUGGACGAAUGUGACAAGAUGCUUGAACAGCUCGACAUGCGUCGGGAUGUCCAGGAAAUUUUUCGCAUGACCCCCCAUGAGAAGCAGGUCAUGAUGUUCAGUGCUACCUUGAGCAAAGAGAUCCGCCCAGUGUGCCGCAAGUUCAUGCAAGAUCCUAUGGAGAUCUUCGUGGAUGACGAGACCAAGUUGACGCUGCACGGGUUGCAGCAAUACUACGUGAAACUGAAGGACAACGAGAAGAACCGGAAGCUCUUUGACCUUCUCGAUGUCCUCGAGUUCAACCAGGUUGUGAUCUUUGUGAAGUCCGUGCAGCGCUGCAUCGCCUUGGCCCAGCUUCUAGUGGAGCAGAACUUCCCAGCCAUUGCUAUCCACCGCGGGAUGCCCCAGGAGGAGAGGCUCUCUCGGUAUCAGCAGUUCAAGGAUUUUCAGCGGAGGAUACUUGUGGCUACCAACCUGUUUGGCCGUGGCAUGGACAUUGAGCGCGUGAACAUCGCUUUCAACUAUGACAUGCCAGAGGACUCCGACACCUACCUGCACAGGGUGGCCAGAGCGGGCCGGUUUGGCACCAAGGGCUUGGCCAUCACAUUUGUGUCAGACGAGAACGAUGCCAAGAUCCUGAAUGACGUGCAGGACCGUUUCGAGGUCAACAUCAGUGAGCUGCCCGAUGAGAUCGACAUUUCCUCCUACAUUGAACAGACACGGUAGAGGAAUCACCUAUUCUGGACCGUGGCAGUCUGUUGUAGAAGAGGACGAAGGGGUCAGGGAGGAAACACUACUGCCCCACCCCUGACACCUCAGCCCACCCUCUCCAUGCCUCUCUGCGUCACCACCACUCCUAAACCUAGUCCUGAUUUAUCAGAGUUGUUUGUUUGUUUGUUUGUUUUUGUUUUUUAACAAAACUAAGAAUGAAACAAC